AUGGAAGACUUCGAGUUUGAUAUUCGUGAUUACAGUCACAAUGCAGUAUCCCCUGAAGUCACAGUGGGCCAGCUGUACGAGCAGACUAAACUACGAAUGCUGCGCAUCUACACAACCUCCAAGGCUAAAGACGUAAUACAAGUUCUCUCUGAUGCAUCAUCGGACUUCGAGCCCACAGAUGAGAGGCCAGUUAAGACUAGGACAAUGCAGAGACGAUCCUUGAGGAACACAACCAGGAGAUGUCAUCACUUGAGGACUGGAACUGAUCAUCAAGUGGAUCAUCCAGAGAGCUCCUCUGAUUUAGAUCCAGCAUCCAGUGGCUCAAUGCAGGAAAACCAUGAAAAAAGAGGAGAACCAAUCAGACAAUCAAGAUUAGCAACUCCUGAGAUGAGUAACACAGAGUUCCUGCAUCCCCCAUCUUCGGAUGAUGUUGGCAGUCAUACUUGGCAAUCAACAAGCAGGCAUGAAUCUGAAGAUGACUGUCUAAUGCCUGUGUCAAAUCAAGAUGCAGACCAGUUAUUAAGUGACGAGUCGGAUUCCCCUCUUGCCCUUGCCAUCCAAGCAUCUCUUGAGGACUUUGAAGUACACUUUGGACCCGUUACUGGUGAUGAUGGUGAUAAUCAAGACUCCACCCUUCCCUGGAAUCCACAUGACUUGAACAGUAUUCAGGCUAAAUAUGCAGGUCCAUACACUGUUGUCAAAAAAGUCUCUGAUUUGAACUAUAUCAUAGCAACACCUGGUAGGCGGAAAGAUGUAAACCUUCUAAAGCCAUACUACACCCGUGUUGAGUCGAGCUUGAGUCAGGAGCUGAAUGACGGGGUGCGCCUGGCUCUGGCUGUGGCUUCUGCGGUGGUUGAGUGUGAUGGGGAGCCAGAGCCAGAUCAGCUCCAUGUUUUGACCGGGCGUUUAUGUUCCAAGUGGACGCCAGCCAGGUGGGAGCAGGAGCGGUCCUGCUGCAGGGGGAUGAUCAGGGUGUGGUACCAGGGUUGCUGA